AUGGGUAACUGCUGCAAGUCCAAGCCUGUUCGAGAAGGAGUUGAUGUCGCGCAAAGCGAAAACGCCGACGACGAAAGGGAACAAAGGUCGAGGAAGAGUCAAAAAGGCAUCGUCCCCGUCGUCGGCGAUACGGAGGAGACAAAGAAGACAAACGCGCUCUCAAAAGAGCAGCCGAGAUCGAGAUCGCCGCUAAAACAAGCAGAUUCAGCGUCGUCUUUGAUAUCUCCGACGAUAAAACAACAAGAACAACGAACGAAGAAGACGAACAAAAACGGAAUAACCGACGAUUUUCUCCUCGAAAAGGAAACGAAAAGAAUAUGCGAGAGUUCAUUUUUACGACCGAUGAACUCCGUAUUGUUUAAAAAAUACGAGACCAUUUUCGAAAAGGAGAGCGGCGAAAACGCGUUUAGUAAUGGUGGUGCUCUUCUUCCUCAAUGGCCAGAGGAGACGGAAGUGAACGAGGCGUAUUUGAGCGCGUUUAAAUCGUACUGCGGAGAUUGCGAGGGGCGGUUUUUGGCGUUUCACGAACGCACGGAGGAUAACGAGUCCGUGUGGUUUGAAGGCGAAGUGCCGGGCGGAAGUAAAAAACAGAGAGUGAAAAUGCAAAUAGAACCGUGGGACGAUCACGAGUGGACGUCGGCGAGAGCGUUUGCGAUUUACGCGUUUGUGAUGAAACACAUGCGAGUGAGUAGCGGUAGCGGCGGGAAGGACUCGGGGGGUGGUUUGGCGAGGAGGAGAUCGAUGGACAGUAGCGCGCCGGCGGCGGGAGACGAGUCAGAGAGCGCGGCGCUACAUUUACCGGACACGAGAAAGAUGCAAAAGAAAGAAGAGCGGAUGGCACAACUCAUACGAGGUCUCGGGUGCGAGUACAUGAACCAUCCGUUGUUUUACUUCUGCGUCAAUUUCUUCGAAGGCGUGAAUAUAGAUUCCGGCAACGAACAGAUGGAUGAAAGAGAUUACGUCGAUCGGUGCGAAAUGUUUCUCUAUCGAUGUUUAGACGGGUGUCAAGGCGCCGUGUUUUCAAAGUUUAAAGACAAGAGCAUUGAGUUUGGGAUGAAGCACAUCUCCGAUUCGCAGCAUUUAGGCGCGUUGGCGUAUUUGAAAGCGUACGUGAACACGAGAUUUCUGAAACGGUUUCCAAUCACCACGAAUUUUAUGCAUCCAAAGCUGGACUCGCAAAUCGAACGGAUUCGUUUGUCCAGAGAUGUCGCGCACAAAAUGCGCGCGUUCACGUUCGUGGAAGCUUCUGAUUCACAUCCGGCGGCGUUGGUGUUAUCUUUUCCAGAUACCGAGGCGUUUAAAGAUUUACUCUCCGUGAGCGCUCCCGAUUGUUGGCUCGCGUUGAAUCAUUUUUACGAGUGGACGAUAGCGCAACCGAACAGGACGAGACCGCGAGAUAAAAAGUUACAAACGCCGCCAAUUUUCAUCGCGGACGUUAAAAAGUUAUCCCUCAUGAGUUGUACGAAGAAAAACGUCGCUCGACUGGCGGAUACGUUUCGAGCGGCGAUGUUCCACCCAGAACCGUUUUCGAGAUUUGUCAUCGCGAACGCUCCAAUGUCUGUGAUGGCGUUAUUUACGUUUGGGAAGUUGUUCAUGAGCGAAUCCGCGAGGAUGAAGUUUGUCAUGACUGGAUCGAGUUUACAAAAAGCGAUGAAACAGGCGUGGGGAUUAGAGAAAGAGGAUAUUCCUGAAUGUUUAGGAGGCGAAGGGUACCCGGGGAAAGCGCUCUCGGCGGAGGAGAUAUUAACGAACGAGGAGAGGUGGUUACAUCACAAAAAGUGCAUCGAGAGAACGAGAAAGCAGUACCCGAAAUAUUUCGCGAAAUACUCGGAAAAGUAUUUCGUAGACGAUAAGAAGCAAGUAAAAACGGUGGUUGAACGCAAAUCGAACGCGUUGGCGAAUUCGCAAAAAGAAGAAGAGGAUGAAUCUCGAGCGAGCGGGAGUAUGUCUUUUACAAAAAGCGCGCGACGCUCGAAAACGAUGCCGAGAAUGGGCGCGAGAGGAAAAGACGACGACGCCGACGAGAGUUUGUUUGCUGGAUACGGAGAAGAGGAAAUGUCGGAAAAAAGGAAGAAGAUGGCGUUUUUGUUCUUGUCCAUCGUCCUCGCCUCGUUUCUUUCCAUGUUGUUUAAAGUGUUUAUCUUGUCCAACAAUAUCCGAUAG